UCUAGGUGUAUGGAUUUUUGACCAGCAAUUUACGGACAAUAAUUACAAAGUUUGUAAACUAUCUUUAUAUUCAUUAUAAACACAAAUACUGAAGCCUAAAUGACGACAGUGCAGUGCUAGUGAUACAAUCAACAACUUGUACUUUUUCGUUAUCAUCUUAGUUUGUUAGAUACGCUUGCUAUGGCUACCUAGCUAGCUACUGUAGUCAGCUAACGUUAACUAAGUUAGCUCUCUAUUCUCGUCCUCUCAUGCAAACGAGCUGCUAAGCUUCGCUAGGUCUCUCUUUGACUAAGUUUAGCUCACUUGUAGGUUUAUCAGCAGUUAGCAAACAUAGGUAGUUAGCUAGAGGGUGAGGAGAGGAGGCUCUCUUGUUGCUACGCAACUGUAUGACCUCCUGUCUUCAACACCUGUGGAAAGGUGAGUCGCGAGUUACCGCCCUCGGUUUUGAAAUCAUCCUUCCCAUUGGACAAUGCAAUGCGUCUUCUAACCUCACCCACGGGCAGGUGUGGUUUUGUGCCAGUGGUUGAGGUGCAUUCGUUCACCAAGGGGUGUUGUAGAACGCAGUAUUCCUUCCUUAGCAUUCUACAUGGCAUUGCGUUUAAAAUUACUUUGGUGUUUAUUUAUCUCAUAGUUCUUUCCUUUAUAUGACUUCUUGAAGGAGUGUACACUUGGGGACCUUCUCUUCUUUCCUGCAUGGCUAUAAGACAGUGCUUCCCAAACGUCUCGUUGAGUACCCCCAACCGUUCAACUUAUUUGAUGUAUUCAAGUGCUAUUCUACUGGUCAACUAAGCACCAAGACCUUCAUUGGUAAAAUAAAUAAACUGCAACACAUCCAAUUAUUGUGGAAGAGCUGGGGGUACUCAAGGAGAGGUUAGGGGAAACACUGCUACCAACCCCAAUGGUACUGUACUGACUCAGAUGUGUUCCUUUCAGGCAUGUGACUUUGAUUGUUGUUCUAUUGUCUCCUGUCCUCUGUGUGUUGUAUUGGCUACCAUCACUCACAAUGAGUCCUUGGUGCUGUUUGUCCGUCCUGUCUCUACGUAGGUGACCCCUGCCUGACCUGUGACAAGUCACAUCAUCCUCAGAGAGUGGCACCAGCAUGGCAGGGCUGGCGUUGGAGUGGAGGGGCUGACAUCAUGCUCUCACCCUCCUGACACAUUUUUAGAAAGCCCUAAAUACUAGAAGGAGAGAGGGAGGAAAAGCCUUAGAGGGAGACAGACAGUCCUUGACAGUGGAGAGAGAGACAGAGAGAGAGAGACAGACAGAGAGAGACAGAGAAGAAGGGAGGAGAGGAGAGACAUUAAGCCUCAUCAAAAGAAACAACAGUUCUCUUUCACAAUAAAUCUCAUCGACUUACCAUGCCAGCAAAUACUCAUUGAAUGGAAUUGAGACCACAAAACUCACAUCAGUCUUUUCAAUCUCUCCUCUUCCCUGGUUGUUGUUCUAGGCCCAAAUUACAAUAUGUUCUCAGUCAACUUACCUGGUAACAUAAGGGUUGGAUAAAUUACAUCAGUCAACUUACCUGGUAACAUAAGGGUUGGAUAAAUAACACCAGUCAACUUACCUGGUAACAUAAGGGUUGGAUAAAUACCAUCAGUCAACUUACCUGGUAACAUAAGGGUUAGAUAAAUAACAUCGGUCAACUUACCUGGUAACAUAAGGGUUGGAUAAAUACCAUCAUUCAACUUACCUGGUAACAUAAGGGUUGGAUAAAUAACACCAGUCAAGUUACCUGGUAACAUAAGGGUUGAAUAAAUAACACCAGUCAAGUUACCUGGUAACAUAAGGGUUGAAUAAAUAACAUCAGUCAACUUACCUGGUAACAUAAGGGUUGGAUAAAUAACACCAGUCAAGUUACCUGGUAACAUAAGGGUUGAAUAAAUAACACCAGUCAAGUUACCUGGUAACAUAAGGGUUGGAUAAAUUACAUCAGUCAACUUACCUGGUAACAUAAGGGUUGAAUAAAUAACACCAGUCAACUUACCUGGUAACAUAAGGGUUGGAUACAUAACACCAGUCAACUUACCUGGUAACAUAAGGGUUGGAUAAAUAACACCAGUCAACUUACCUGGUAACAUAAGGGUUAGAUAAAUAACAUCAGUCAACUUACCUGGUAACAUAAGGGUUGGAUAAAUAACAUCAGUCAACUUACCUGGUAACAUAAGGGUUGGAUAAAUAACACCAGUCAACUUACCUGGUAACAUAAGGGUUGGAUAAAUAACACCAGUCAACUUACCUGGUAACAUAAGGGUUGGAUAAAUAACACCAGUCAACUUACCUGGUAACAUAAGGGUUAGAUAAAUAACAUCAGUCAACUUACCUGGUAACAUAAGGGUUAGAUAAAUAACAUCAGUCAACUUACCUGGUAACAUAAGGGUUGGAUAAAUAACAUCAGUCAACUUACCUGGUAACAUAAGGGUUGGAUAAAUAACAUCAGUCAACUUACCUGGUAACAUAAGGGUUGGAUAAAUUACAUCAGUCAACUUACCUGGUAACAUAAGGGUUGGAUAAAUUACAUCAGUCAACUUACCUGGUAACAUAAGGGUUAGAUAAAUAACAUCAGUCAACUUACCUGGUAACAUAAGGGUUGGAUAAAUAACAUCAGUCAACAAUAACAGAACAACGGGUCAAAACAAUGUUCAGACAGACGGACACCUCGUCCAAGAGACGUCAUGGAGGACAUGGGGGUCUCACAACCUUACCCUCGCCUCCUCACCCCCACCAGGGUGGGCGUAUCCGGGGGGUGGAGGUGGCCCGUGGGAGGGCAGGCUAUGGGUUCACCCUCUCUGGCCAGGGCCCCUGUGUCCUCAACUGCAUUCUAAAAGGAAGUCCGGCGGACUACGUGGGUCUCCGCUCCGGUGACCACAUCCUGUCGGUGAACGACAUAAACGUCUCCAAGGCUUCGCACGAGGACGUCGUCAAGCUGAUUGGCCGAUGCACGGGGGUUCUGCACCUGGUCGUCGCCGAGGGAGACCGGGGAGGCCGUCGUCACGGACACGGUGGUACCAACCGCAACCGUCGCCACGGAAACAAUUCAGGAAGUCCAGCCGGAGGAGCGGCAGCCGCCGCGGACUCGUGCUCCAGCGACGAGGAGUUGUGUGGUUUCCAUAACAACAGCAGCGGAGGCGGAAACAACAAAAACGUGAAGCCGGGUUCUCGUGGUAACGGCGCUGGCGGCGGCGGUGGAGGAGGAGGAGGAGGAGGUGGUUGGUUCAAGCCCAAGCUGGACUCUAAGACCCUGGGUAUUAACAGGGCAGAGAGGGUGGUGGCGGAGAUGCAGUCUGGAGGAAUAUUCAACAUGAUCUUUGACAACUCUUCACACUCCUCCAGCAGUUCAGAGAAAGACAGGGUCAUCGCUCCUCCUCCUCCUCCCCGUGUCUCCUCUUCCUCGUCUGCGUCGGCCAAGCCUGCGAGGCCCCUGUCAGAGCCAGAGUUCCCCCCGUACCAUAAGGGCCGGGGCCGGUCCCACAGCAACCCCAACCUGCUCUCUGAGGAGGAGAUGGACAGGGUUCUAAUGGCCGACGACUCAGUGUUCCUGGACGGGUUCCAUCUGCAGGAGGCAGAGCUCCAGGUGGAGGUGGAAGGGGAGGACUUCUGCCUGGAGCCCAGUGAGGGUAUCCUGAACGUGGGUAUGAUGGUAGGGUACCUGGGCUCCAUAGAGCUGGCCUCCACAGGAGCUAGUCUGGAGAGUGACAGUCUGCAGGCCAUCAGAGGAAGCAUGAGACGACUCAGGGCUGAACAGAAGAUACACUCCCUGGUCCUCAUGAAGGUGAUGCACGAUUGUGUGCGGCUGUGCAGUGACAGGAGACAGGUCCUUGCUACCUACCCCGCCGAGAAGCUAGCCUUCAGCGCCUGUUGCCCCGACGACCGACGCUUCUUCGGACUGGUCACCAUGCAGGCCACCCAUGACGACGACGGUCGCUAUGGCAAUGGUAACCGGGAGGAAGAGGGCGGGCUGAGGACUUCCUGUCACGUGUUCAUAGUCGACCCGGAACUCUGUCAUCACCAGGUCCAUGUGGGUGUGGCCAGGAGGUUUGGGUUUGAGUGUACUCCUGAUCCUGAUACUGGAGGGUGUCUGGAGUUCCCCUCUACCUCCCAGCCUCUGCUCCAGUUUGUGUCUGUCCUCUACCGGGACAUGGGGGAGAACAUUGAGGGGGUCCGGGCGCGGGCGUUCGUUGAUCCGGACAACGACCCACAGCAGAACCACAGCACCAGUAGCAACAGCGACAGCGGCAUCGGUAACUUCCUGCCAGAAGAGAAGAGUAACCGUGUCUUAUUGGUCGACCUGGGAGGCCAUAAUCACAACCCCGGUCCACGCCACUGGGACAGCCCUCCUCCUCCCUCGGCCCCGGGCUGGAACCAAGUCCCUCCCGGUGUCGUCCCUGGCCCCCCUCUACCCCCUCCUCCUCCUCCUCCUCCUCACCACAACAACAGCUACCGCCACGACCCCCCCCCUGCCAUCCCCCCUCGAGGGGCCCACUCCUCCCACCCCUCACUCCACCACUACCCGCCAGGGAAGAGGGGAGGUAAGGGGGGAGGAUCUGGAGGAGGAGCGGAGCAGAGCCUGGCCCAGCACCAUCAGUCUCAACGCUGGUUACCAGUCCAUGUCCUGAGAGACUGGAGACAACCAGGCCAGGCAGGACAAACACCGGGACAAGCAGGGCUGUGUAGUGAUCAGGAGUCCUAUGCUGAGUCAACGGAUGGUUGGUCAUCGGCUAACUGUAGCACCCUCCCUCCACCCAUGAACAAGAUACCUGCGGAUCGCUACAGGGCUCCACUACCAGCCGGGGACCUGCCCCUGCCUCCACAGCCUCCCAGGCUGGCCACGCAGAAGGAUGAGUGGGCUAAGAAGCUGUUUGGGGCCGCGGCCGGAGAGAAAGGACUCAGAGAGCCCAAGCAGAAUGGGAAGAGACGUGGAAAUGGGAAAGACGGGGAGAAAAAGGUAAGAGAGUCAUACAGUAUGUCAUGGUGGUGUUGGAUGUUUGUGGCUUGA